AUGAAUCCUGAAUAUGAAAGAAUUAAAUUUAUUUUUCCUAGUUUGGAUAAGUUCAUAAUAAUGGUAAAGUACAAUCAUAUUUAGGAUUUUAAUAAGAAAAUAGCCUUAUAAGAUUUGAAAUUUACAUUUACAAGUGUUUUGAAAAUAGAUUUAUUCUCGAAGACACCCUAGUUUUUUAUUUCUAAAGGGUUUCACUCUAUCUAAUUAAAUUCAUUCCAAAGUUUAAGUGGAUAAACCAAUUAGAAUUUUUAUUAAAAAGAUAAGAAUCACCUUGAAAUUCAAGUUAAAUUUUAUGAAGAAGGAGCGUGA